AUGUUUAACACACUAGAUGUGAUGGACUUGUUGAACCGUCGCCGCAGUAACUUCAAUAGUGUCCAUAUCGCUCCUGCUUCCAAAAUUGUUUCAUAUGCAAAUUACGGUAAACAGUCUCAGAAUUCAAUGUCUGGCCAACAACCACACCACCAACAACAGGUUUGGCCGUCGUCUUUGCCAACAGGUUGGAGACGUGAAGAAUGUAUGCGACCUAAUGGAUUAGGCACUGGGAAAUCAGAUGUUUAUUAUAUUAGUCCUCAAAAUCAAAUUGUACGAAAUAAACAAGAAAUGCAAACAAUUUUAGGUGAUAAAUAUGAUAUUGGUCUGUUUGAUUGGAGAAUGGGUAAAUUUGCGAUGAGUAACAACAACAGUAAUAAUAAUGCCAAUAAGUCGAAAAGACUGGAAGAACCGACUGCAGACACGUCAUCAGCAUCGUCACCAACAGCUAAAGUUCCGCGUGUAGAUAAUCAGUGUAGUUUACCAAUGAGAAGGUGUCCAUUCCCAAUAACAAAUGACAUUAAACCGGUUAUUGUACGUUCUCAUCCUGAGUGUAAACGAACAGAUGUAAAGAAUACCAAUCAAGAAACUCCUCAUCAGUUAUUUUGGGAAAAACGGUUAGCUGAUCAUGUGGCUAUUGAUCCGGAUACUGGCGAAUCUUUCAAACCCAUUUCUUUGCCUAAAGGAAUACAGAGUGCUGGAGUACCAGGUUAUCAACCUGCUCAGUUAGUCCAUAGUUUAAUUCAUGCGUUGUCAUCAUCAUCCUCUAAGAUUUCUCCGAUUAUUGGUCAAGAGCAACAACCUUCAGCUAUUGAGAAAAAUCCUUGUGUUGUUAUUAAUCAUUUACAACCAAUGAUUAAAACAUUUAUUGUAACCGAUGACGACAUACGUCGACAAGAAGCUCGUGUCAAAGAACUGCGAAAAAAACUAGAAAUUGCAAGAAAAAAAUUACAUCCGCGAUAUGAAACUGAACGAGAAGGAUGA